GUCUCCGUGUCCACAUGCGUCUGGGAGCUGACAGGGAGCAGGAGCGCCUCUGGGAUUUACUACCUGGACUGAGAGAGCAGCUGGAUUAACACCAGUUUUUGUUGUUUUUCUUUUUCUUUUUCUUUUCUAUUAUUAUUAUUUUUUCAUUUCUGGGCUGAAAAAGAAAAAAACAACCUGCAGUCAUGUCUCGGGCUCCGGAUGAUGUGAGCAAGCUGACAGAAAGUACAUACAAGAAUGUGAUGGAGCAGUUCAACCCAGGCCUGAGGAACCUGGUCAACCUGGGGAAGAGCUAUGAGAAGUCCGUCACAGCGAUGACUCUCGCUGGAAAAGCCUAUUUCGAUGCGGUGGCAAAGGUGGGAGAGAAUGCUACCGUGUCUCCGGUCUCCAGGGAGCUCGGUGAGUUUUUAAUCUACUUGCAGCGAGUGAAGUCUCGGUGGAGUCUGGUGUCCCUGCUCGAAUGUUUCUGCUGUGAGACUGCAGCUUGAAGCAGAUAAUGACCUCUAACUUCCACUUAUAUUUACAUACGCUAGAAGGAAUAGUUUGAUAUUAUGUGGGAUGCACUCGUUCACCUUCUCCAGGUAUAUACAUGUGAGGGUACUGUUAGCUUAGCUUAGCAUAACUUUUGGAAACUGAGAAACAACAAGUCUGGCUCUGCCCAAAAUCACCUCGACAGCUGAUU